ACUUGCGUUUGUGUAUCAUUCUUUGACAACCACAGUGAGUAGAGCCACCCACUGGACUGCUCUCCUGUGGAAGGUAUAUAUUAUCUAUUUGUAUGGUUGGGUAGACUUUCUCACUUCUUCGAGGAAUAUGCUAAAGCAGACUCAAGAUGGGGCCGCUUCCAUGACUGCACUGUUGCUAUGGAAGUAGUAACUUCCCUCGUUUGGGGUCCAGUUGCUCUCCUGUGUGCCUAUGGUGUUUAUAGAAGGUCUGAGUGGAGACAUUUUUUGCAACUCAUCCUUUGUGUUGGUGAACUUUAUGGAGGUUGGAUGACAUUUGGACCUGAUUGGUUAACCAGUUUUGUGACCGGAAGUUCUGAACUGAAUCCUCACAAGCACUGGAUUCACUUUUGGAUUUAUUUGGUUUUUGCCAACAUAGUUUGGGUUGUUAUACCAGUUUUGUUGACUUGGGAGUCUUACAGAGUAUUGGUGGGUGCUUGCAAAGUUAGUCGAUCUCAUCAGGAUCCUUCGCUCCUUCUUGGCAGUUUUGGAGAAAAAGUGAUCAGAUGGACCUUGUAUACUUUUGUUGGGGUCGUCCUUUUGUUUGGUUUACUCAUACCUUUUAAACUUAUUCCUGCUCCUGUUUAGUUAUCUUCCCAAGUAUCAUCGAUUUCGUCACUAGUCUCCUCCAUAUCAUAGUUGCAAGUCUCUUGUUUGUUAUUUUCCAUCAACUAUUUAAAGAGUGAACAAAUGAUGGGAACCAAAAAUAAACUUUCUUGUCUCAUA